AUGCAUAUUCUAGUCGUCAAUGACGACGGACCCCCGUCCAAACGGUUGUCACCAUACAUCCGUCCCUUUGUCGACGCCCUCGAGGCAGCAGGCCACCUCGUCUCCGUUGCCACGCCGGCAGCGUCACGCUCCUGGAUCGGCAAGGCACAUCUGAUCGAGGCCUCAUUAACAGCAACAUAUGUGGACAAGGAUUCGUUUGAGGAAGAUGGCACAUACAGAGAAUACCGUGAUAGCGACGGUCUUGAAGGCAAUGGCAAUGAAUGGGUAGUAGUCACCAACGGAACCCCCGCCAGCUGCACACAGCUCGGUCUAUACAAUCUGUUCACCUCGCGCGGACCCAUCGACCUGGUAGUUUCGGGCCCGAACCACGGCCGCAACGCAUCAACAAUCUACAAUCUCUCCUCGGGGACCGUCGGGGGAGCCCUCGAGGCCGUGACGUGCGGGAAACGAGCCAUCGCGGUCUCCUUUGGGAGUAAAGACGAACAACCCGUGGAGACUAUCUGCGCCGCCUCAAGAUUGACAGUGAGGGUGAUUCAGUAUCUGUCUCGUCAUUGGGAUCCAAAUGUCGAACUGUAUAAUCUUAACGUGCCGAUGAGGGCGGACGUGGAAUCCAGACCGGUCAAAUAUACGCGCACGCUUCCGAUUUACUGGCCUAGGGGGUGUUUAUAUGCCGAGAAUGAAAUCAAUGGAACCAACGGAGUGAAUGGAGUGAACGGGAUGCAGAUGCAUCACAAACAACGCCAUUUUAAAUGGUCUGCCGAUCUGGUCGAUAUGAAAAAGGCCCUCCAGGCUGCCGAGCAGGGGACCGACGCUCACACCGUGCUGGACGGGUGUACUAGUGUAACUCCCCUUCGAGCUAAUCUGUGGCAUGUCCCUGGUCUAGAGGGCGAAUUGGAUAUUGAUAUUGAUACCCAUGUAUAA